AUGCUCUUUCAUCGAAAGCACGACAAGAGAAUUCGAAGACAAGAUGAUAUGACAAGUGGGAAUACAAUGUUCAAGAUUUCAUUGUCUCUGAAUGUUCUACUGAUGCUGUAUUUCUUUUUCAGCCCCUCGAAAGACGGCGGCAUUGGUACCACGACUUACAAUUCUGUGGAUCAAACGAUUGGCAAAGCAAUGGUCUGGCACGGAGGGCAUCCCAAUGAAGCUCGGGCUGGAUCUUGUUGGUGCGGUAAAGACGAUGGGUAUUGCAUGUGCACACCAAAUGUCGCCAUUGAUUUGAUCAUUCGGUCAGGUGACAAUCAUGUGUGGUUAGUCCGACGCAAAGACACCGAUCAAUUGGCAAUCAUGGGAGGCUUUGUGGAUGUCAAUGAAACAGCUGAACAUGCUGUGAAAAGAGAGCUCAUGGAAGAAAUGGGCGUUGAUCUCAAGGAACCACCCAAGCUAUUUGGAGUCUAUUCGGAUCCGAGACGUGACAAUCGAAGAAGGAACAUAUCUUUGGUGUACGCUGUCUACUUGCACGAAGAAAUACAUCCGAAAGCAGGCGAUGAUGCGAAAGAAGUCAAGAAGUUAUCACUGGACGACGUUGAAAAGCAUGAGUUCUUUUCCGAUCACAAAACAAUUCUGCUAGAUUAUAGAAGGUUCAUACGACAGCAAUCGCCGAUUCUUGACACUACAGGCGACUUUGCGGCUGAUAUUACUCGGUCUACAUGUGUAGCAAACUCAUAA